AGUCACCAAGAAACGAACGGAUUUUUUUCGAAGAGCGAGGGAAGGGAAGGGAAAGGGACGGGCGCCAUUACUUCCGACUGCCUCGUCUAGUGGUCGUAAGGCUGCAGGUCGCUGCGACUAGAACAAUUCUCCGUCGUCGUCGUCGAUGGAGCGCGUUGUGGCGGCUAACGAGGUCGCCUUCAGCUUAGGGUUUACUGGACACAGCGGUCAUCUCCAUCUCGAGCCACUCCAUCCCGUUGUCCGGCCGAACUCCUUGACUUCUCUCCCUGAUUUCAUUCUCCCACCUGCUUUUCCUCAAGAAACACAUGAAAGAAUGAGGGAGAGUAUAGAGGAAAAUUACCUUCAUCCAGAGGUCGACCUUGAUGAGUUCUCUGUGCAAAACUCUGGGAGGUGGUGGCAUUAUGAUUGGUUUGACAGGGCUAAACUCCAGUUGGAGCCUUCAGAACCCCGUUUCAUUGUUGCUCCUAUGUGGGAGUUGCCAUUCAGGCGAUCCAAGAAUUCAGUAAUAUGGAAUCCACAUUCAGUGGAGGUAGACAUUACAUUGCUGAUGGAAGGUGCUCAAGAGUUGGGAUCAAUGCCUCGAAUGCCUGGGCCACCAAAGGAAUUUGUAAGAGGAAGCACCAACAACCGCCCAUUCCGACCAGGAGGACUUGAAGGUUCUCAAGCUUUACAAAGAAGCCUUCCCGAGGGAGCACAUAGUGGUGAUUGGGUGCAUGAAGUUAUCCAUGGUGGUCAUGCUCAAAAUGUCCCCCCUAGCUCUAAAAAUGGACUUGAUCUAGGUAGCCUUAAGGAAUAUACCUGCCAAUGGACCUAUACCAGCCAACAGAUAUUUCCAGAGAAGGAUUCUAUUGAUGAGGGAAUGAAUAAACACUCAGUGCAGUUCAAUUAUUUGUUUAAAAUGGCUUGGGAAGAAGAUAUCAUUGAAGGAUCAAGUGGUGAUGGUUCUAACCAAGAUGAAAUUGAAAAUGAAGAUGCAAAAGUUGAUGAUAUUCCUGAAACUUUAGAAAAUACGAUAUUGAGUGAAUCAAGUGAUGCAGAAGCUGAAUUAGGUGGACAAAGUGCCAAAGCUAAGAAUCAUGACAAGGAGGUGUGGGCUCUUCUUGGUGGGAAUGAUAUAAUUGUUGAUCAUUUCCAUGAACUUGUUCCUGAUAUGGCUAUUGACUUCCCUUUUGAGUUGGAUAGCUUCCAGAAAGAGGCUAUAUACUAUCUUGAGAGAGGUGAGUCUGUUUUUGUAGCUGCUCAUACUUCUGCCGGAAAGACUGUUGUUGCUGAAUAUGCAUUUGCUUUAGCAUCAAAACAUUGCACGAGGGCUGUUUAUACUGCUCCAAUAAAAACUAUCAGCAACCAAAAGUACAGGGAUUUUUCUGGGAAAUUUGAUGUAGGCCUUCUUACCGGAGAUGUAAGUUUGAAGCCAGAGGCAUCUUGUCUUAUCAUGACUACAGAGAUAUUGCGGUCAAUGCUUUAUAAAGGUGCUGAUAUCAUUAGAGACAUCGAAUGGGUUAUAUUUGAUGAAGUGCAUUAUGUUAAUGAUGCUGAGAGAGGAGUUGUUUGGGAGGAAGUGAUUAUCAUGCUUCCAAGUCAUGUGAACAUCGUCCUACUUUCAGCAACGGUCCCUAACACAAUUGAAUUUGCGGAUUGGAUUGGCCGAACAAAACAAAAGAAAAUACGUGUGACAGGGACUAUCAAAAGACCUGUUCCACUUGAGCACUGCUUGUUCUUCUCUGGGGGGUUGUUCAAAAUAUGUGAGAAUGAUGAGUUUUUGCCUCAAGGAUUCAAAGCAGUAAAAGAAGUUUAUAAAAAAAGAAAGUCUAAUGCUGUUGGAGGCCCUUCUGGAGUGAAACAUGUUGCUUCACACUUUCAUGGUGGAGGCCAACCCAAGCAAUUUGACCGUUCUAAUCGAGAGAGAAGUCAAAAGCAUUCAGGACAUCAGAAUGCUCAGAAUUCCUUGAAUACUAGCGGGAAUCAACAUACUUCAGGUCUAAGGAGAUCCGAGUCCUCUUUGUGGCUGUCACUCAUAAACAAGCUUUCAAAGAAUGCCCAAUUGCCUGUUGUCAUUUUCUGCUUUUCCAAGAAUCGUGUUGAUAAAUCAGCAGAUAACAUGACCGGGACUGACUUGACAAGUAAUUCUGAAAAAAGUGAAAUUCGGGUCUUUUGUGACAAAGCAUUUUCAAGGCUAAAAGGAUCUGAUAGGAAUCUUCCACAAGUUGUUCGUGUCGAGAACUUGCUUAAGAGGGGUAUUGGUGUGCACCAUGCGGGGCUUCUUCCAAUUGUAAAAGAAGUUGUUGAGAUGCUCUUUUGUCGGGGUGUCAUUAAGGUUCUGUUCUCCACUGAGACUUUUGCAAUGGGAGUUAAUGCUCCAGCUCGAACAGUUGUCUUUGAUACCUUGAGAAAGUUUGAUGGAAAGGAUUUCAGGAAGUUGCUUCCUGGGGAAUAUAUUCAAAUGGCUGGCCGAGCUGGAAGGAGAGGGUUAGAUAAUAUUGGUACAGUUGUUAUUAUGUGUCGUGAUGAGAUUCCUGAAGAAAGUGACUUGAAGCAAGUAAUGGUUGGAAGACCAACUAGGCUUGAGUCUCAAUUUCGAUUGACAUAUACCAUGAUAUUGCAUCUUCUCCGUGUUGAAGAAUUGAAGGUGGAGGACAUGUUAAAAAGAAGCUUUGCAGAAUUCCAUGCACAAAAGAAUUUGCCAGAGAAAGAGCGACUUCUUUUGCAAAAGCUACGCCAAUCUACUAAAAAGAUUGAAUGCAUAAAAGGCGAACCUACAAUAGAAGCAUAUUAUGAGAUGGCAUCAGAAGCUGAAACAUACAGACGACAAAUUAUGGAGGCUAUCUUGCAGUUACAGUCCACCCAACAACUUCUUUCUCCAGGAAGACUGGUGAUAGUUAAACAACUACCGGCAGAAGACCACUUACUUGGUGUUGUUCUGAAGACUCCUGCUGCUGCUAAUAAACAAUAUAUCAUUUUAGUAUUGACUACUGCUACUGCUUCGUCUAUGCAAGCUUCAUGUCCCUUGAACAAAAUACAAGAGAAUCAAAGUUUUCAACAAGGUUAUUUUAUUACUCCUAAAGGAAAGCGUGGUACAGAAGAAGAGUAUUUUUCAUCCAUUACUUCAAGGAAAGGAUCUGGAGCUAUAAACAUAAAAUUGCCCCAUUAUGGUAGUGCUUCUGGGAUUAACUAUGCUGUUACAGAAAUGGAGAACAAAGAUAUCAUCUCUAUUUGCAAUUGCAAAAUGAAGAUUGAUCAAGUCCGACUUCUUGAGGAUGCAAGCAACAUUGCAUAUGCAAAAACUGUUCAGGAAUUGCUAAAACAGAAACCUGAUGGAAACAAAUUUCCUCCUGCUCUGGAUGCUGUAAAAGAUCUCAAAUUGAAAGAUAUGGCUCUUGUGCAAAUGUAUCAUAUUUACAAUGAAUUUUUGCAAAAUAUGAGUGAGAACAAAUGCCAUGGUUGCACAAAGUUGAAUGAACAUAUCAUGUUGAUGAAGGAGCAAAGUAGGCACAAAGAAGAAGUCAAUGCUUUAAAAUUCCAAAUGUCAGAUGAUGCUCUUCAGCAAAUGCCAGACUUUCAAGGCCGGAUUGAUGUGCUCAAGGAGAUCUACUGUAUUGAUUCUGAUCUUGUUGUUCAAUUGAAGGGUCGGGUUGCAUGUGAAAUGAACUCUGGGGAGGAACUGAUAUGCACAGAAUGUUUGUUUGAGAACCAAUUGGAUGAUCUGGAACCUGAAGAGGCAGUUGCAAUUAUGUCUUCUCUUGUUUUCCAACAGAACAACACUACUGAACCAUCACUUACUCCUAAGCUGGCUUAUGCAAAAAAAAGGUUAUAUGAUACAGCGAUUAGAUUGGGUCAACUCCAGGCACAGUUUAAACUCUCUAUUGAUCCAGUGGAAUAUGCACGAGACAAUCUCAAGUUUGGCCUUGUUGAAGUUGUAUACGAAUGGGCAAAGGGAACCCCAUUUGCUGAUAUUUGUGAACUCACUGACGUACCUGAAGGUCUCAUAGUAAGAACUAUUGUUAGACUGGAUGAAACAUGUCGUGAAUUCAAGAACGCAGCCUCAAUAAUGGGCAACUCCAGCCUUUACAAGAAGAUGGAAACAGCUUCAAAUGCUAUAAAACGUGACAUUGUGUUUGCAGCUAGCUUGUAUGUGACAGGAGUUUGAACACAGCUCUUGUUGCCAUUAAUCUUGUAUCAUCCUAGAAAUGGCACAAUAGAUUUCACUUGUCAUCGUAAAAAGACAAUUUCACACAUUCUUAAACAUUGUGUUAAUAGCAAAGUGUUUGUCUCAUUGGCUGUAAAUUGUUAGGAUUUUAUUAGUGUUAUCUACAUCUUGCUAAUAGUCAUCAAAUUUAAUUUGAAGAUCAA